AUGGUUUUUCCUCUUGGAGGGGAGUGGGCCGGCGAAAGGAGAGACUCUGAUGUCAAAUCUGUCAGUCUAGCCAGCCCAGCCCCUCCCACCUCGGUGGAGGCAUUACAUACUGCUGCUGCUCCAGCUCUUAGCAACGGUGCCUCGGCAACAGAGCCACGGCAACAGAGCUCCACGGCAACAGAGUGCCGUGUCUCCCCAAUGGAGCUGCCAUUGGGCGGACCAGCGCUCAGGCACUACACCCAGAGCAGACCGAGACCUCACCGACAAAAACUGAACUACCGUCCCAGCAGACCGCAGGAGACAAUUAUUGAGAGCGACAAUGAAGUCCUUGAGCUCAUGGGGCGAGUGGAUGAAGGAGUUGAAGAGUUCUUUACCAAGAGAGUACUUCCUACUGAUUCACCGGAAAAGCAAGAUGAGGAAUCUAUCACAGUGCACGAAGUGGCCCCCGCCAGCUCUGUCCCCGGUCCACCCCCGACGAAAACACUCAGGAGGAAGCUAGGAGAUUUCUUUACGCUCAAAAAGAGACGAGGUCUGAAAUCAGAACCCAGCCAGGAGGGGCGACCCAAGAAGACCUCCAUCGCUGAUCUCAUCCGCCCGCUCAGGGAGGUCACCAGAGCCGAGAAAGAAAAGGACAAGGACCGAGUGAAGGAACACGACAAGGAAAAUGAAAAGGAGAAAGCGAAGGAACAUCCCGGUGCUGUUACCGGAGAGUCGGCUGUUCAGGAGACACCCGUUGCGCAGCUGAGGGGUGAAGGGGUGCCUCCCCGUCGAGCUCUCAGAGAGGGGAAGUCCCAGUCUCUCAUUUUGCUCUCUGGAUCAGCAGCAGGGACGACUAAUGCCAGAAACACGUCAAAGAAACAGUUGGAAGGCCAACACAGCUUUGAACAGAAACUCCAUCUCAUGCUUCAACGUAUUGGAGUUUCCAAAGCCCAGCCAGGAGAGACACAGAAUCAGGAGGGGGAGAUGAAAAAAGCAGAGUCUGAAGGUACUAUCAUUGACAGCAAACCUGAGCCGCCACCUACUUUCACCAAACCCCGAACAAUGUCUGCCUCAUCAGACACAAGGCAUCAAAUUCGCCCAAGCGUGUCAGCACACGAGUCGGCUGGGAAACCCGCUUUGCUUCCGAAGCCCGUCAUCAAACCGGGGCCCCCCCGCUCAACAUCUGGCCGCAACACACCUGAGAAUGAGUUAGCCCAGAUACAGGAAGGGGAGACAAACACGCCCACUAGACUGAGUCCAACUGCAGCUCUAUCCACCCCUGCUGCUCCGUCACUCACUUCUACCACCACUCCUACUGCACCAACAGUCUCAAACUCAGUCCCUGACUCGACCAGUUUUACUAGUACUGUUCCUCCCUCUGACGCAGACACAUGCACUGACUCUGUUCACCCCACUGCAGCAGCUACGUCACCACCCAAUGUUACAGAGCCUGACAGCAAACCUGAAGCUAAUGCUACUACCCCUGAACCACCCACCUCCACAUUUCCCACAACCCUUACAAGCACUACUACACCCACCGAGCCCCCCACCACUGUUUCAGUCACUUCCGCAUCCUCUGAGUCCAUCACUCCAAGCCUCUCUGUCACUUCCAACUCAACCACAAUAACCACGCCUUCCAUUACCACCUCGGAAACUGUUUCUGCUCCCAGCAAGGAAAGCUCAGUUUCCACAACAUUAACAGAUCUGUCUACUAACUCGACUUCUGCAGAGCCAAAUGGUGAUCUCUCGGUCGAUGCCACUCCUGCUGCUGCUGGUGAUGCAGCUAUUUCUGUCAUCACCACAGCUUCUUCAUCCUCCACCAGCAUAUCAGAGAUGCCACCAGGCGAGUCUGCCACCGUCAAGUCAGUUACUGAAGCUUGUGAGGAUCCCACUUCAUUAACCUCCACUAGCUCUGUAGCUUUAGUUUCAUCAGUCACUAAAACAACAUCUCCACCUCCUAACUCAAGUCAUGACAUCACAUCUCCAGUUUCACCUUUCGACUCCAUUACCUCCUCCUCCACCUUGAUCUCUUCUAACCUUCCUCCCACCAUCUCCACUUCCUCCACCACCCUAACAAGCCCAACAUCCACCAACUGCAUGAACUCUAUCUCUACUUCCAUCAUUACUGACCCAGCCACCCAGAGCCCGGCUGAUAUCUCUGUUCCCUCCACUUCUUCCAGUGAAACAAACCCCACAGACACCACCUCCACCGCCACCAGUUUAAACCGUGCAGAUACCACUUCUACUAGCAGUUCAGCUACUGGUGCUGCAAUUUGCUCCCCACUCAUGACUGACUCAGACCCACCUUUUACUUACGACGUCAGCACUACCGUCACACCGACUAUUGAUAACUCAAGUGCUACUACUCCCCAUUUGACCAGUCCAGCCCCCUCUAUUGAUAAUCCCGGUCCAGAUUUGCAGACAUCUCCUGAAAAAAGAUCCAGUGUAGAGCCUGCAGAAAAGGACACAGCAGAUGAGAAACUUGAGAUGGUUCAAAACAGCGAGCAAACCGAGGCGGAUGAGAGCAAGAAACUUGUCAACGGUGGGAAGGAGAGCAAGAGUGAAAAUGAGAAACCAGCUCUCACUUCCAACAGUGAAGUUAUGAUGAAAGAAGUGCAGGAAGAAAGUGUGAAACCUGAGGAAGACACAAUGAAAACAGAAGUGGGAAUGGCCGAACCAGCGUCAGGGAAAGAUGGAGAGCUGUUCAAGAACAAGGUGGAGAUAGAAGGUGAAAAACAAGAAGAGGGUGGCAAGUAACUCAAAAAUAAAGAAAAUGCUAAACACGGGACCAACUACUGUGACAGGGGCAGGAGAGACCACAGUAAAGAGUACAGAGGGGGGAGGGGGAAGGGGGAGAUGAUCCAGGGCACUUCUUCCUACAGGGACCACCACGUUACAGCAGCACCACAGAGGGUGGGCCACUGGACCAAAGAACUGAGAUCCCCUUGGUGUGAUGUAAUCAACAAAUCCAGCAGUGUCUUUGUCCUUUUUUAACUUAUGUUUGAAUUUUUUGCAUUGCACGUAUGAUUAUGUACCAUAAGACAACUACUGUGGUA